CGGCGCGGGGAGGGGGAUGCGGACGGGGGAAGAUGGCGGCCUCGAACAACCCGCGGAAAUUCAGCGAGAAGAUCGCGCUGCACAACCAGAAACAGGCGGAGGAGACGGCAGCGUUCGAGGAGGUCAUGAAGGACCUCAGCCUGACCCGCGCGCACCGGUUACAGCUGCAGAAAACCCAAUAUUUGCAACUGGGACAGAGUCGUGGCCAGUACUACGGUGGGUCACUGCCAAAUGUGAAUCAGAUUGGGAACAGUGCCAUGGAUCUCCCCUUCCAGACUCCUUUUCAGUCCUCGGGGCUGGACACAAGCAGAACAACUCGGCACCACGGGCUGGUGGACAGAGUGUAUCGUGACAGAAACCGCCUCGGCUCCCCGCAUCGCCGCCCGCUCUCCGUGGAUAAGCAUGGAAGACAAGUGGACAGCUGUCCGUAUGGCACUGUGUAUCUGUCACCUCCCUCAGACACAAGCUGGAGAAGGACAAAUUCUGAUUCUGCCUUGCACCAGAGCACUAUGACUCCAGCUCAGCAAGAGUCCUUCACAGGAGGGUCACAGGACAUACAGCAGAAAAGAGUUUUAUUGCUGACUGUCCCUGGAAUGGAGGAGAACCCCUCUGAGGCAGACAAAACCCUCUCUAAGCAAGGAUGGGACACUAAAAAGACUGGGUCAUCGAGACCUAAAUCAUGUGAAGUUCCAGGAAUCAACAUCUUUCCAUCAGCUGACCAGGAAAACACUACAACACUGAUUCCUGCUACGCAUAACACAGGUGGCUCCCUGCCAGACCUGACAAACAUCCAUUUCCCUUCCCCUCUCCCAACACCGUUAGAUCCUGAGGAAUCCACAUUCCCAGCCCUGAGUAGCUCCAAUAGCACCGGAAAUCUUGCUGCCAAUCUGACUCACUUGGGCAUCAGCACGGCCAGUCAGGGAAUGUCGCCACCAGCUCCGGCCCCACAGCAUCGCCCGGCCGCUGUCAGCCCCCUCUCCCUGAGCGCCGACUCCCGGCGGCCGCAGUCACAGCAGAUGUCUCCUACACUGUCCCCUCUGUCUCCCAUUACUCAGGCCGUGGCCAUGGAUGCGUUGUCUCUGGAGCAGCAGCUUCCCCCAUAUCCAUUUUUUACCCAGACAACUUCCCAGCAACAGCAGCAGACGCAGGUGGCAAGUACCCUGCCUCAGAACACUCCUUUAAUGCAGACCUCUGGCUUACAGCGAGGAGCACAGCUCCCCCCGCUCUCUGUCACGGUACCUUCUACCAUCCCACAGUCACCUCCAGGUAGCCAGACCCAGCCAUCCAUGGGAAUAGACAUCAACUCGGCUUCACUCCAGCAGUACCGCAGUAAUGCUGGAUCCCCAGCCAACCAGUCUCCCACCUCUCCUGUCUCCAAUCAAGGCUUCUCUCCUGGCAGCUCCCCUCAACAUUCUUCCAUUCUGGGGAGUGUAUUUGGUGACUCCUAUUAUGAUCAGCAGAUGACAGCUAGGCAGGCUAAUGCCCUAUCCCACCAGCUUGAACAGUUUAAUAUGAUCGAAAACGCCAUUAGUUCCAACAGCCUGUACAGCCCCUGCUCCACCCUCAACUACUCCCAAGCAGCUAUGAUGGGGCUCACCGGCAGCCACGGCAGCCUGCAGGACUCGCAGCAGCUCAAUUACUCCAGCCAUGGAAACAUCCCCAACAUCAUUCUUACAGUGACAGGAGAAUCCCCUCCCAGCUUAUCAAAAGAACUGACCAGCUCGUUGGCAGGAGUGGGAGACGUCAGCUUUGACACGGAUUCCCAGUUCCCUCUGGAUGAACUCAAAAUUGACCCUUUAACCUUGGAUGGACUGCACAUGCUGAACGACCCAGACAUGGUCCUCACCGACCCCGCCACAGAGGACACGUUCAGGAUGGACCGGCUGUGAAGCGCGGACACCGGGAGCGUGGGAAUGACGCUUGUUCCUGGAGGCCAGCCGAACUGGAGAGGCCAGCGGGUCAGUCGUGUGGGAACAGGAGCUGCUGAGAGCAGCAGCUCUGUCCUGUACACCAUGUACAAUGAGUAAAGCUUGUCGUUCUAAGCUUGCAGCGCUGCAGACCCCUACUCCCUGUCGCGCCGUAUUUCACCCCUUACCCGCUCAUUGCUGUGAAUGAGUAAGGAGUUUCCAUCAGCAGUUUCCUCUCCAGAGCCCCCCCCCUCCUUUCUCCCACCGAAGCUCCAGCGUUACGUUGUCCAUUUAUCCUUUGCACUAGAAAAGGGGCAGUUGGGGGCAGGCGAGGAAGGCUCAGAGCCAGGGGUAAAGUGAUUCCUUCUAACGUACCAAGCUGUUGGGAGGGGGAGAAGCACCACUGUGUGCCCCCUCCCUCUCCCCACACUGAUCCUGUGCUGCCACCCUCUGCUUUGUGCCACCCGCUUGGUUGAGUGCAACGCCUCUCCCCCCAUGGCCAGGGCACCCAUGGGUGCAGGUUGGUCCCUGGCUGUCACCCUCCUCCUCUCCUCAUGCCCCGAGCAGGAACGAGCCCAGCAGCCCCACGGCCGUGUGCCACUCAGCAGGCAACUGUCAACACUAUUUUCAAAGCUUUUUUUUGUUUUUAAUAUAUAUGUAAUAUAUAUAUUUAUAUAUAUGUAUGCAUAUAUAAGGAGCAUUUCUGAGCACACACAGAAGUACUAUAAUUCUUGACUCGAUUAGCAUGAAGGAAGGUUCAGAACUUUUUAAAGCAGCUAAAAGAAUCUAGGAGACUAACUUUCAGAGCAUGUUCCUAACGUCACUUUGUGAGAGAUUCCUGGGCAACAGGAAGGGCAUUUCUGUAGCAAUGCCUGGCUCAAAUCACAACUCUUUCUUAUGGUUUAUUUUUUAUUCCUAUUCAUUACUUAUUCUGUUACCAUUAUUUAUGAUCUUUUUUGUUUUGUUUUGUUUUAUUUAAGUAUUUGGAUAUUAGGAAAGUAGCUAAACUACAUACAGCCAACUGAAGCACUCUACAGCAUCCUUGUACAGUCCAUCUUUUUGUGUUUUUAUUCCAGAAAUAUAUAUAUUAUAUAUAUAGGUAUUUUUAACUAACUGGAAUUUUAAACUGAUGUUGAGCAGAAGUAAGGAAGCCUAUGGGAAGUCUGGAUGUUUUCCUGUUGUAUAGUCAAAACAGGGUGACAGGAACCUUGCUGUUCCUCCUCUCCCCCUGGGGAAGAGCUGGCUUGCUCCACAGUGCUGUGUCCUCGAGCAGGUGAGGAGUCUGCUGAGCUCAUAACAGAUGAGUUCUGUUAGUCCUUGUUCAUCCUCUGGGCUGCAGCAUCGUGACAGAGUAAAAACCCCAACCCCAACCCACCCCUGGGCGCUGCAGCAGGGCUGUCACCUUGGGGGGGGUGUGGGGUGUGUGAAUUGAUGGCGAGUCCCAGGUCUUGUUCCCAAUUGGAAAACCACCUUUAAAGACUCAUGAGGGUUCCAGUGGGCUCAACACUGUUUGCCAGGGGCCUGUGAAAGCAUUGGCUUGGUUACACUGUGACCUGUGCAGUGCCAGCAUCUGUGGGCACCUGGCCCUCCCCUUGACAGAAGUGAGGAUUAACGUUGCUUUGAGUCUAACUAACGAAUGAAAGCUCAUGGAGCAUCUCACACCCUGCCCAUGAGGUGAGGGGAUGCCUGCUAGAGCACGGCACUCCUGCACGGGAGGGGGCCAGCACCCUCAGCAAUUUGGGUUACAUACACCCCAAAGAGAAGGGCUGGAGGGGUUUCCCUCUCCAGAUGAGCUGAGGGUUGUUGGUUCCCCCCUGGCACGGGACUUCCGCACCCGCUCGGGGUCUGGAUUUGCUUUGUGAUCCAAAGCCGUGUCCGUUCUUUCUUGUAAGCAAGACCCAUCCGUUCAUUGGAGCAAUCCCACCCAUCCCCUUCCCCAUGAGCAGGGUCUCCUCGCUGUUGGCAGUGAGCAGUGAUGAAGGUCUGUGGAGGAGCUGGGCUGCUCCUCAUGAGUUGUAUUGGAUUUUGGUGUGCUUCCAGACAUGGAUGGGACGCUGUCCUGAGCACCAGGCAGAGGCUCUGAGCAGGUUUGGGUGCGUGUUUGCUCAUGUCCGUGCCAUUAGUUGACCGUUUGCACUAAAAAAAGAUGUGUUUUUUUUUCUCUCAAGCCCUUUCCUCAACGUGUGUCUCUUCUGUUCCUUCCCACCCAACUGGAAGGUUUUCCUGCAUCCCUGUUGAGCACGUUUGGGGUUGUUAUGUCAGGAUUGAAGCCCGGCAGUACAUGUUAACUCCUGGUGUCUGCUUAUUUCAGAUUGCUGAUGCUUUCUUAAUGUAAGGAGGAGAAACAAAAAGGUAGCUUUGAACAGGAGGAUCCCCUAAAAGACCGGGAUAAAUGGGGCACGGGUGACUGGGAGUCCUCGGCUGUGGCACAGCCGAAAGUGCAGCGUGAGUUGGAUCCGCUUCCCACAGUUCCCGUUGCUCCUGGGCGGCAUUCCCGUGUCGCGCUCGCGUUCCAAUGACUCUCCUGCAUGGAAAUUCCCGUUCGUGAUCUGUUUGUGUUUUUAUUUUGAAACCCAGAGUCACUUCAGAAUGAAGCAUCCGAGUAGGAGACGAGAUUCCUCACUGGAGACUUGUACAGGGAGCUGUUGCUAAACGCUACCUUCUCAUUGGUUUGUAAACUACGCGUGUACAUAAGAGAUCUUGUUUAUUAGACUUGUAAGUAGACCUUUAAAAUGGCCUUAAUUUAAAAACUUAACACAUGUGGAUGCAACUGUUGAAAUGAGGGACCAUCGAGUUGAGGGAAAUCCAGGUUUUGUUCCUGCCGCGCGGAGUGGGACGGGCUUGAGCCAUGGGAAGUGUGCUCCACCUCGGAGCAGGCACAGGCUGCUCCUAGGACCAACCCUUUGAGAACCGGUGCAGUUACUUCAACACCUUUUGGGUUUUGCCUCCCCAAAAGCCGGGUUCCGGACGGCGUCAGGAAGGAGCUGCACUUGGAGAGGAGAUUUCCCCUCCCUCUCCCAUGAAAAUGUCAGUUUUCCAAUGUGUGUGCACACAGGGCUGGUUUGGAAGCAAACGGGAUCUAUGAGGCUGCGGCACCUCGUGCCUGCAGAAGCGUGGAGGGGAUCCCAGUGCUUUUGGAACAAGUAAUUGGAUUUGGAAAACUCAAUCGCUCUGGUUCCAUGUUCAUUGUGCAGGUGGAGCCGUGGGGAGCGGCUGCCCCUUCCCAGCCCAGCCCAGAGGAGAGCAGAACCAGAAAGAUCACUUAGCAAAAAAGAAAUAGAUAUAUAUAUAAAAAGGAGUAGUAUUUAUAACUUUUUGAGUUAAGUGAUGUUGAAGCUGUCUGGUGUCUCAGAGGGUUACUGCCCAAACUUACCUGCUGAGUGAACCCUGCCCCCUCCCAACACGUGUUUUUAUAGCUAUAGAUAGAAAUAUAUAUUACAAAGCUCCCAAGCUAGACUGUUGCAUUUGCCAAUACAAUGGGGAAAUAACAGGAAUAAACCUUCAGUGCAUCAAAUACUGUGAUUCCCAAGCGGAAAGCCGAGCUUGUGCUGCUUGCAGGGGGCUCUGCCCUUGUACCUAACGGUUGUGCCGCGCUUGGUGCCGGCUCGCUAUGGCUCCUGCAUGGCAGCGAGCGCUGGCCCUGCAGCCCCUGCACACAGAGGUGGGGGUUUCCUUUUCAAGAGGGGAAAAGCUUUCCAGGAAGAAAACAUUGUUCGUUCUUUGUACAUUUUAUGACCUGAGUUUGAAUGGAAUUGAUUUUUGUUUCUUUAAAUAAAAAGAAGUGUGCCUGAGGCCCGGGGGUGAAGCCAGAGCGGUGCUCGGGGGUGAACCUGCAGCUAGAGAAGGAGCUGCCCUCCGAGUUUGCCUAAAAUCAGUGUCCCAAACCUUAGAGAAUCCUUUAAACUUCCCUCAAAACCAAGCUCUGGACUGUGCUUCUUUGUUACAAGCUUGGAUGUCUGUAGAAACACCUCUUGAGGCUGGAGGUCCAUCCUGGGAUGAGCCCGACGCUGCCCCUGGAAACCCCCUCUGUGCAUGAAGGAAGUGGGAAGCUCCCAUCCCGUCGGGAUUUCGGGAUUCCAACAGCGUUUAUUCCUCUGCCAAGCGGCCCCCCCCGUCACUGUGAUGGCAAUGUGAAAGCGCAGGUAGCGUUCGUUCUGUGUCCUUUGUACAAAACCACCCCAACCCCACAAAAGCCCUUUAAAAAAGAGACGGAAUCGAUUUGUAGUUGUUCCUGUUCUUUGUAUUUUUAGUUGCAUCUUCUUUCUACGGCGCAGUGUAGGCAUGGAUUGCAUGUCGGUUUUCUAUGCGGGCACCAUGACAUUCUAACUGUGUAUUAUAAAUCAUUUUUACCUUUUUAAACAGAAUCAUUGUGUGGAAUUUCUAUACUGCAAACCAAAACACUACAUGACGUACUCAUUUGUGUUAUUUAUUUUACUAGGGGGGGGUGGGGGGCAGUUUUGACUGUGGUGUUCUCUCGCCUUAUGUGGGCUUGACCAAUUUUAUCAAAAUAAAGGCCUAAAGGGGUAAAAUAACGUUGACUGUUUUCUUCAGUGGCUUGGCUGCGUUGUAGGAAGCAUCAGGGGAAGCAGCUCCAUGGCGUAGAGGAUGAGUACAGCGAGAAAAGGCAGCUCUACAUAGCAAGGGGUGAGGAGCAAUCUGAGUCUCCAGUGGCGAGGUGAGGCUGGAGACCUGCGUCUGAGCCUCCCCCCCCGUCCCUCCAUGCCCUGAGCUCUUCUGCAGACCCUGGAGGGGCUCAUCCCUCUUCCCACGGGAUCUAAACUCAAGCUCUUCCAUGAUCCUGUGGUUCUGCUGUUGCCUGUGCUGGGCAGGGCUCAUGUUGUGUAGGUGCUGCUGCUCUGGAGCUGUGCCAGGCUUCUGGCUCUGUCUGAGCACAGGUAACGAGAGCAAAGGGAGCAGAGCAAGAGCAGGGGCCUGCCCCUGUUCUCCUUGCAGCCUGGCCAUCGAGGCAGGGACGUGUCCCCAGUGGUUUACAUCCCUGGAGCAGCCGUGGCUCCAUCACUGCGCAGCUUUGAAGGCGUUUUGGGGAGCAGGGUGGGGGUGAGGUGCUUUGCACAUCAGCGUGGUCAGAGGGGGGAGGCUGGAGGAGGUGGUGGCAGCUUCUCCCUGCUCAUCCUGAGCCUGGCUGUGUCCUCCAAACCAGCUGCACCUCUUGCUCCAAGGUUCUCUCGCCUUGUAACUGAAGAGGAGGCAGGGAACUGCCUGAGCAGCGUUUGGUUUGCUUUAUCUUGGUUCUUUUCACUUUGCAUCUUGCCCUUAAGUAGUGACAGGAGCAUGGAGCACCCCCUGUGCAUUGUGUAUCUGCUGUACGUUACUCGCGGUGCUCGGUGUUGGUGUUUGCUGGGUACCAGGGUCUUGUUCUGUUCAUUGUGCCAAGGUUCACUCCUUGGUCCAGCUUUAAGGGGAUGCAGUUUGGGACAGAAAACCCAUGUGGCAAGAGGCACGUCCUUCAUUUCUUCUGCCUUUGCAGUGUUUCCCUGGGGUGGCUGCUGGUGUGCACAGGCAGGAGCGAUGAUCUAAUGGCAGUAGUUGUGGGAGGCCUGGGGGUCACGUUUUCCUGCCGUCCUCCUCUCUCCAGGUUUUAGGAAGCCAGGAUCUACAGGCACACAUUAACAUGGCUUGUUCUGGAGCGUGGCCGUGUUGGUGCUCAAGUUGUUGCUGGUUCCAGUCUUGUUUGCUUGGGCUCAAAGGUACAGGUAGGAGGUUGAGCCAUUGCUCUGCUCGAUGGGAGCAGGAGUCACCCCUUUGCCAUCAUCCUGCCAGCUCUGUGUGCAGAAGGGACGGCGUUUCCGAGCUGGUGUAGGGGUUCCUCCUCCUCAUUUAAUAACAAUGGCAGCUUUGGGGUUAGUCUGGACCUGAGCUUGAGCUUUGCUUCAUCCAGGUUAACACAGGGAACGUGCAUGGAUGCGCCUGGCUCUGAUGGAAGCGGUGCUGGAUUUUGGUGUUGGCUCAGGCCGGUGUGUGCUGGAUGGCUCAUAUGAAGCUGUUUCUCUCUCAGUGUUAGGUCCUGCUUCUGCUUGAUGUUGUCUGAACCCCAGGAGCUUGGGGGGGCUCCGAUCUCACCCUGAUCUCACCUCCCGCCUCCCUUAGACUUUAGGGAAUCCUUCAGUGAAUCCAUUGGGAUAAGCAGAAGUGAGGAGGCAGCAGCCGCCCUCAUCCCACCCCACUCUUGUCUUGGGAUUCACGUUCCUCCGGUGGAAGCUGGGUUUGAGCCUCAUGUGAGCACUUCCCAAAGGGAGAGGAGGCGCUCGGGAUGAGGCAGAGCUGCAGGAAUCGGUGCUUGUGCUGGAGAAGUCUUGGGAAUGGGAGGCCAGGAAGCCUCCCAUGGCUCUGAUCCUCAAUGGAGCCCACUGGGAUGGCUCAGUGCAGCCGUGGGUUAGAAGACAAGGGGUGGAAGGGCCCUGCUUGUGCAUCCCCCCCAGGGCUGUGUUUGCAAUGGGAGCAGUGGUGCUUUCUGUAUUCCCAUCUGGAAUUCUACAGGCUUAAACUUGCAGCAGUGAAGUUGAACCCUGGUGUACGCAGGGCGAUCUGAAUGGCACAGAGUCUGUGCUGUGUGCUGGGAAGAGCGAGCAGUGCCCGAAUGGCCUCACUUGUGAGCAGUGGCACAAGUCCCCGUUUGACAGGGAAGGAUUAAGCUUGGCUCAGUUUGGGAUUUCUGGGAUGUUCUGGGGGGGAUUAGGCCUUGUAGAUGCUCCUGGUGGUGCCGGAGUUGGCGCAGUGGGACUUAAAUGUGUCCGUGCUCACAGCAGGGUGAGUUUGAUGUUACUGAGGCCCCACAGAGCCGCUCCUCUCCCAUACUGGCAGCUAAAACCCAGCCUUGUGCAGCAACCGGAGCUUGGCAGCACCGGUUGAUGCGUUUCAGAGCCGGGACAAAUGCUGAGCGCAUCCUGUGCCCAGGAGCUGUGGGUCUCUCACUGAUAUAUGCACUCCUCAGCUGCAGCAUUGGUGGCACGGGAGGGCUGCAGCCCUUGUCCCUGCGGCAGGAAGGUUCUGUUCAGUGUGGUUUUCUCUGGGUGAAGUGGAAACUGGAGUUGGCUUUAAGUGUUCAUGCUCCGAGCCGUGAUGUGAAAACACGGCUCCACUCAAUGUACAUUCUUUUCAAUCCUUUUUUCCCCUUUUUUUUGUGUGAAGGCUUUUGUCUUUGUAUCUUUGCGUUAUUUGUAAAUGAAAUGUAAUAAAAAGUCAACUGGU